AUGGUGUCAUCCACUCCGUAUCUAGACGCCCUGCGCAGAGACGGCUACGUCAAGGUCCCUCAUCUCCUGCCACCAAACCUCCUGUUGGCCCUGAGAGCCUCUUGCAAAUAUACCACUGAGCGGGCAAGAAACGGCAAAUGGCCUUAUGUCCGCACCGUGCCCAAGCAGUACCCACCAUGGCAGGAAUGGAAACCGGGCGACAACAUAUGGGGCGUCCAGCAUUUGCUUCACCCCGACAUGAAUGUCCGAGAUACUUUCGCUGAAGUCUACUUCUCUGACGAAAUCCUCGACGUGGUAAAGGAGCUAGUCGGUCUCAAGAAUGACCCUGCAGGCGACGACAAGCUUGUGAUGGAGCUGUUCAAUCUGCUGGUCAGUCCUGCCGAGCAGGUAGACUUUGAGCUUUGCUGGCAUCGAGACGACAUUCGACCCGACGUAACGCCCGAGGAAGAAGAGAGACAGCUCAAGGAGAAAAGCGCCGAAGGUCAACAGUUGCAUGCCCAGUAUAACAUUGCGCUAUUCGAAGAUGCAUCUCUUAUUGUGGUCCCCGGAAGUCAUCGGCGAAUAAGGACAGAGACGGAGAGGGAAGCCGCUCCCUACGAGCCAAAUUUACCGGGCCAACUCCUCGUUGAAUUGCAGCCUGGAGACGCGGUCUUUUACGACAGCAACAUCCUUCAUAGAGGCAGCUACAAGGGCAUCGAUACGUCCCGAGAGCUGGGCCGGAUGACGUUGCAUGGAUCCGUGGGAUUAUCAGGCCAUGGAACCGAGCGUGCUCGACAAGUAUUACAGCAUGCCGUUGGGGAGUGGGUCGACAGAGCGCAGUUCUCGAUUGAGGGACGCAAGGGUGAAAGGGCGGAGGCCAUGCGGAAAAGAUUGGUUGAGAUGGGUAGUGGGAAGGAUCUCGGAUAUUCUCUGGUGGGAUGA